AUGGGGUUGGCACGAACUACUAGAGCUCCCCAUUCACCUCACCACUGCCAACUCCCCAUUCACCUCACCACUGCCAACUCCCCAUUCACCACACCACUGAAAACUCCCCUUUCACCUCACCACUGCCAACUCCCCAUUCACCUCACCACUGCCAACUCCCCAUUCACCUCACCACUGCCAGCUCCCCAUUCACCUCACCACUGCCAACUCCCCAUUCACCUCACCACUGCCAACUCCCCAUUCACCACACCACUGAAAACUCCCCUUUCACCUCACCACUGCCAACUCCCCAUUCACCUCACCACUGCCAACUCCCCAUUCACCUCACCACUGCCAGCUCCCCAUUCACCUCACCACUGCCAACUCCCCAUUCACCUCACCACUGCCAACUCCCCAUUCACCACACCACUGAAAACUCCCCUUUCACCUCACCACUGCCAACUCCCCAUUCACCUCACCACUGCCAACUCCCCAUUCACCUCACCACUGCCAACUCCCCAUUCACCUCACCACUGCCAACUCCCCAUUCACCUCACCACUGCCAACUCCCCAUUCACCUCACCACUGCCAACUCCCCAUUCAGCUCACCACUGCCAACUCCCCUUUCACCUCACCACUGCCAACUCCCCUUCAACCUCACCAAUGCCAACUCCCCUUUCACCUCACCACUGCCAACUCCCCUUUCACCUCACCACUGCCAACUCCCCUUUCACCUCACCACUGCAAACUACACAUUCACCUCACCACUGCCAAUUCCCCAUUCACCUCACCACUGCCAACUCCCCUUUCACCUCACCACUGCCAACUCCCCUUUCACCACUGCCAACUCCCCUUUCACCACACCACUGA